AUGGAUGUGAAUCGAAAUUGUCCAACAACAUCUCCAUUAGAUGAGUUAAAACCACCAAUAUUUACACCACAAGAACGAUCUUCAUCAAUCUUACCUAAUGAAUUAAGUGUGGAAAUAAAUCCAAAUGCAUAUGCUCUUAAUCUAACACAUAUAACAGAUGUUCAUACACCAAUUAAUAGUUUAUCAUUUAACGAACAGUUACGUCUUGAACGUGAUAUAGCUCAUCAAUCAUCAGUUCUAACUCGAAAUUCAUUUACAACAACAUAUUCAAGUUUACAAACAAUGCUUUCACAAAUGCAAUUAAAAGUUGCUGCUGCAUUUCUUCAAGAAACCGAAUAUUUACAACAACGUGAACAAAGACUUGAAUAUGAAGAACAAUAUUUAUCCGAACAUAAAAAACAAUUAGAAAAUAUACGUUAUGAACGAGAACGUAUGGAAGAAGAUUUUACUAAAAUAAAAGAUCGUCUAGAAUCAGCUGUUAUGCAUGUAACAAAAUUCAAAACAGAUGGAACAGAAAUUUUACAAACAUUAUUUUCUGAAUCACGUCAUAUAGAUGAACAAUUAUCUGAAUUAAUAUCAGAAUCAAUGGCAUCACUUAUUCGUUCUCGAACAAUAAUUAAUUGUAAAACAAAUGAUUUUAUACAUAAAUCUGAUGAUAUUCGUUCGGAAUUAAAUGAUCGUAUAACAUUAAUACGUAAUACUGAAAUAGCUAUAUCAAUGAUGCUUGAAUUAGUUAAUGUAUUAAAUCAAUUAAAUAUUGAACAUUCACAAGAUCUUUCAAUUGUUAAAACAGAUUUCGAUAGAAAAUAUCAAGAUUUUACUGAUUUAUCUCGAACAAUAAAACAUGAUUGGGAUAUUAAAAAAGAAGUUGAACAAAUACGUUUAUUAGAAAAUGAAAAAAAUCAAGUACAAACAGAAUUAUUAGAACAAACAUUAUUACUUGAAAAUCUUAAAACUGUCUUAGGAAAAGCUAUUAUUCCUUAA